AUGCUUGAGCAAGCGCUUCGAGAAUUUGCGGAACAGAACUUUGGGGCGGACGGUGAAGAGUUCUAUCCAGUGCAUCAAGGAAACACGCAAGAAGUUCAAAUACUUGCACUUAUGGCAAAAAAACCAAGAAGUGUUUUCCUUCGUCCGUUCAAAGCCGAUUCUCUCGUCCUCCUUGGUAGAAUAGACACUUACAUGAAUCGAAGUAAAAAAGAAGAAUAUUUAAAUGCUGUGGACAGGGCAAUUAAAAGAGAUGACGUGGAAGUUACCCUGGAACUGGACGAGGAUAAUGAGAAGGAUGAAGGGGAUGACGCGGCAACUGGCAGGUAAGAUAAUUGAAUCAUUCCUUCCUAAAUUUUUUGCCCCGUCUGAAACUUUUUCUGGUCAGCGUUUUGAUCUUGGUUCAUGCCUAUGAUUCAGAUAGAUGUAAUUACUCACCGGCAGAACAGCCUUGACCUAUACUUGGAGGUUAAUACUAAUAAUUUCAAUCAUAACAAUAUACAUAAAUAAAAUAAUCUCCCUAGGCCUGCUGGAGUGAUGGGCAUAUGUAAUGCCAGGAUAUCUCCAAAGGCUAAGAUUUAAAUAUAUAAGAAGAAAGAGGGUAAUCUUACGUACCUUGUUUUGGCAGUCUCAUCACUGGAUCACCAGGCUUAUUUUUCUUGUUCAACUGAAUAAGAGGGAAUGACUUGCUGAAAAAAUUAGACUAAGUGGCUGGUGGUAAUAGCGGGCGAGUGCUGGAGUUUUUCGGCGGCGGAGCCACGUGAAGAUUGAGAGCAAGUCAAAUUGAAAUUUAAAAAAUCAAACUGAUUUUCCCUUGCGGCUUCGUCACUCUCUUCGUGUGAAAAAAGUACUCCGGCCCAACAGUCGCGUGCUAUCGCACGUAUACUACAACCUUACAAUAUACUUGUCGCGCACAAACCUAUAUAUAACCACUUUACGACGACUAGUUACUUAUGCCAUGGACAAAAAAAAACAGAAGGACAGACAGGGAGCUGUACACAAGAUCAAAUGCUGCGACUGCCACGCCGCUUACAUCGGUGAAGCCGGCAGAAACAUUAGCACCCCGGGAUUAGCACGCGAUUGGCGACCGAAAACAAACGAGCAUCAAUAAAUGGUGACGUCAACAAUCACAUUGAUGAACACCAUUUACAGACGAAACAUCAAAUCGACUGAGACUCUGCCACAUGUAUUACGUAUUCUACAGACUACUAUCAACGACUCACUUUAGAAAGUUGGUUUACUAACUUAGAAAAAACGCCACUGAAUCGUAGCCAACAGUUACCAGCGCCGUACAAACGACUUAUGGACGGACUCGAGCAAAACUAACUACUAGAGAAUAACUGGACAACCGAUUUGACAAACAAUAAAGGACUAUUUAACUGUGACAAUAGACGGAUUGAAACCCGCCAAUGACAUUACGAGUCUUCCUAGCCAAUAACAUCAUGGCUUAACUGACAGACGACCAAUAACAUCGCGACUUAAUUGACCAAUAAGGUCAAUAACCAGAGUUACCAUCAACUGACGUGAUACAGGUCACUUUGACUCUGAAGAUGACUACCGCCUGGGUUGUGGAAACGUCAGUCACUGUCAACAACAGUCCUAUUCAGGACUACUCCUGACCCGGACUCGGACGUUUAUACUCAACCUACUUAUACAUUCUGUUUGGCUCUUCCUUUGUUUUUGUUUUUGUUUUUUUCUUAAGUGGAGAUAGAUUCAGAUCUGUGCCGGUACUAGCCUACUCCACAGUCAUCACUGUCCUGUUUAGAAGAAUGAGUGGGAGAAUGGGGAGAGAACGGGCGGGGGACUGGUAACUGACAGCAAGUCUUCCUCUUCCAUUUGUCCUUUUCUCGUUUUCAGACUCCUCACGGUCAGUGUGACCGUUCUUUUCAAACAAAAGCGUGUGUGUUGAUGGUGUCUGAUGGAGAUGACAAUAAGAAAUUGAAACCAGAUAUUUAGUCUAUAACGGCCUCGGGGGGACUCCCAUGUAAAAGUGAAGGGGAUGCUCGUUGGAACAUUAAAAUGAAACUCCUAAGGGAGACCAAUGUGGGUGUGGCUUACACUGAGCUCAAAAGGAGACCAUAAAGAUGUUAUGUUAAAGAUGUUAACAUAGAAUGCGUUUUUCUAUGAAAAGAUUUCAAAAUCAUUGUCAUAAAUCUGUAGAUUUCUUUAUGCACAGCCCAAGCGAUACCUGAAUGGGCAAAUGUUGUGACUUUCCGUCCCAAAUACACUAAGUGAGGCCAAAAUUUGCAAGUUACACCCCUAAGCGAGACGACAAGCAUUUUCGCCACUUUUAUACAGGAGUCCCCCCACCCCACACCCGGAAUAAUGUUACUGUUUUGCUCUAUCUGAUUUAGGAAAGUUGAAGCUGAGGUUCAAGCAGGAGCGUGUGCGAAUGCGAAGUUUAAAGUAAAUGAAGAAAUUGGAAUUCUUGAAUUAGGGAAAAUAGACAAAGAGUACGUAGGAGACGCGGAUGUGCGUGAUCUAUUACAGUUAAUAGAACUGGACAGCGACAGAGCCAAAACUAUCCAAGGUCACAAACUGCGUUUGAUAACUUCAGUAGUUUACAGUGAGCGGUUGCAACUUAGAGGCAAGAGAUUUUCUGAGGUAAUGAAAAAUAAAUGGUUAUUUACCCGCCUUUCAAGACCACCUUAUACUGUUCAAUGGCAGCGGCCACUAGAUUGCGCCUAAAGUGCCAAGAACAUCUAAAAGUGAAGCAAACCGGUGUAUACGCACUCCACUUUACUCUCUUGUGUUCUUGGCCUUUUUUGUUUUUUGAACUGUUGGUUUCUGUUGUAUUGACACAUUUUGAUAGCGUUAGUGUGCUAUAAUAAGCACUUUAAGAAAAGCAGUCCUACCUCCCUACAACGGCAAACCAACCUCUCCACUACGGCUACUAAGCUGGUCGUUGUAUACAUGUAUCGACUGUAUUUGUUCAUGUGUCUGGCAGUGUCGAGGGAAUGACUUAUGGUAUCGUAUGUCGAGAGAAUGUUGAAGCCACUUAAAGUGAGGUCCAAGAAAAGCGUUUGCUCCGUCAAGUUCUAAAUCACACUUUCCGCUGUAUAAAUAAGAAUAAGGAAAGCGUUGGCUGUUCGAUGCAACGUGACUUUCGGCAGUACUUUAUUUUAUGCUUCGGAACAAAGAUAAAGCCUUACUCUUUUUUUUUAAAUAAGAAUGUUGUUCUUUCUGCCCAGGCUGAAUGUUCUUACUUUUCUGCCAUUUUAGGCUGAAAAUAUUCUUGUGUUAUUCUUAAAUUAUAACUUAUAACAUUUCUGUUUAAGAAUAUAUUGGGGUAUCAAUUAAGUUGGUACACGUUUUUUCGUUUUGUUGGCUUGUUUUGCCGUUUAGGGAAAGGAAUAAGUUGAAAACAUAUAGCUGUAUCACGGUAUUUACAGAUUUUCAACACACAAAAUUAUAUCCUUUUCAAAAUCUCAGCCUGGGGUUUUUUCUUAAAAUAUUCUUAAAAUUUCGCAAAUUUCAGCCUUGAUAUUCUUAUCAAAUAAAUUCUUAUAGAAAAAAGGGAAUGUAUCCGGGCUGAAGGUCCCCGGCUGACUUGCACUUAGGCUAUAAAUUUCAGUUUUCUUUUAUUACCGGCCAAAAGGAGGGGUCCUCUAGAGAUGUACAAAGUGUAGAUUGCAAAACAGUCCGUUUUUCUUCAAAAUCGUUUAAGUGUAGUGUCAGUCUCAAACGCGCAAGGCGCGCGAGCCUCGCACGCCCGUAGGCUCUCCGUUUUCAGCCUCGCUCCAGACCUUUUGUUUGACUGUUCGCACGUACUUAAAUAUCAAAAAAAAAACCGGACUGCUUAGUAGUCUAUACUAAGUGUAUCAUGCAGUAAACUUGUAUCUCUUUUGGUUAUUAAGUGCCUCGUUCUGUUUAACCAUUUUUUUAUCAUUAUCCACUUGCAGUUUGAGGUAGAUAAAGGAGUCAUUUUUCCAAACAGCAUCACUGGUCGAUUGACUAGACACUGGAAAACAAAGUACAUUUUUCCAAAGCUGGCGAUAAGAAAAACACGCGGGCCAGUUCUAAUUGAGUGCCGCAGAGUGGUUCUCAACGAGAUGACUAAUAAAUUGCAACUUGCAGUUGGGGAACCUGUUUGUAUUCGCGCCCGAGGAGGUUGUCAUCACGAUGAUGAGGAAGAAUACGAAAAUACAGCAGUAGAUCUGGAUGAGGACGAGCAGAGCCAUUCGGAAGGUAAAAGAUUAAAAUUGUUGUACACCCAACUUUCUAUAGUAAGGCGGGCUUACACGGGAAAUGUAAGAGAAGAGAACGAAGAGUUACUAUAUGGUUUUAACCCAAAACGCGAGUGGCCAGAAAACGUCCGCAAUUUAAGAGCGAUUUAUUGCAGCUUCGUCGCCGUGAAUUCUACCAUGACCGAAAUGUUUUGUAUUCGUGUGGUCCAAGUUAUCUUUGCGUUCAUUUUUUAGUAUUAUUUUUGCUUUAUUUUUUAAGCGUUAAUACGCAUAUAGUUGUAAAAUAUUUAAAUCGAAAACUUAACCACAUAACAUGUAUAUAUUUUCGUCGCGUUAGAUUCCUUUUCGGAAGAGUUCGGAGAUGAAAAGAAUCUGGAGACAAUUAAGAACUCAGUUUUGAUACCAACCAAGAACAGAGGGGAGCGAAAAUUGCGGAUUAACAAGUACCUCAACUGGGUAAGGAAAAUCACAAAUGAGCGUAGAUACGACCCUAGGCGGGCCACUCCCGUAUUCGGCCUAAACGGGUGUUUGCCACUGAAUAGGCGGAAGGGCGAGGCGUGCGCGAGCGGAGCCCCAUAGCUAAGAAAAUUUGGUUAUCCGACCGUCCGUCCGCACCACAGAGGAACCAAUGUGAAAUCUCACACUUUCUAGCUAGUGUGAGAGCUUGUAACCUGAUAUUGCACAUCAACUGUAUGAUCAAUUGACAGCUGUCAAGGCAAGGUAUCCGCUUACUGGUAGGCUGAUUUAGCAACAGAACGGGAACCUCAUUUGAAGACGGGAAAGCGCGCGGAAAGGACUAAACUCGACUUCCGGUAUCCAAUUUGCCGCUCUGUCAUUGGUCAAGCCAGUUGUUUGAUUUGCGCGCGCAGUCGUCAACAGACGUUCCCGUUCUGUUGCUACAUCAGCCUAGUAUCACAUGAACGUAUCGAGGUUGCGUGUUUCUUUAAAUUUAACCGCUGACAAGUUAUUAGUUUUUAACUGACGGCAGGCUCAACUACAAGUAGGUUUUUUUUUGCAAGUUUAUUUCUUUAAGUAAAUUAUGAAUUUAUUACUGAGAGCUUCGCUUCUAGCUUGGAUAAAUCUAUAUAUUAGGGUCUUGAGUCUUAUAUAGGAUAUCAAUUUAACUAUUUAUAGUCUUCAACAAGUUAUCUUUUGAGGCUUAAUGCCUUAAAAGUGUGUAAAAGUUGGCCACUUCCGGUUGACUUGCGUCGCUCAAGAACGUCGUUGCUUAAGCUCCCUCUCGCCAGACCGUGUUGACCAUACCGGGUGAACCAGCCUAAGAGAGAUGUUUAUCCUCUCUUGGCGAGCCAAAGUGUUUAAAUAGAGAAAAGUUAGCUCGGCUAACAGGGGAACUCUACCAUGGCCAUCGGAAAAGGGUGGCCCGGCUAGUUGAGUCAACCUUCUUGGCGAGCCAACUUUUUGUUUCUCUUGUAAACGGUUCGCUAAGUUUUGAUAGGAAUUGUGGAAAGGUUAGCUCGCCAUGGUAGCUCGGAUAGGCGAGUGAAACUCUAACCGGGGCCACCUUUUCUCCUCAUAAACGGAGCCACAGACGAUCCGAGUAAACCACCGACUCCGUUUGUGUGAGUCCAUGUGAACUGGACUCGUAGCACUCGAGGUAUCUUGAGUAGAGUCAGAGUACUCGGCGGCAGCAUAUUCUACAGCUCAGAACGUUCACUUACAUGCUUUUGUUUACAAACAGUCCUGGUCAGCAUUUUCACUCUGGGCGUUGAAUCAAACCUUUCAUUUAUUCAUUUUUUCAUCUAUAGCUUGAAAAAGCCUUGACAGAGAAGGAGACGAAGAUAUCGGUGGAAGAACCUCUUGACGAAGCGGACUGCUCAUUCCUUCUUAGCCUUUAUGUCACUGCGUACCCCAAAGACCGAACAGUGAAUCUGCACGGCAUUGAAGUGGAAAAGAUUCAGGGAUAUGCAAUUGUUUUUAAGCUUCUUGCAGGUGAGACGGAGUCCUAAACAUAGAAAGUAGUAACAUUUGUAGUGCUGGAACCAGACCUUGAGAUAAGGCGGGGGGGCUCGAUUAUCCAGAUCCUUAGAUAAAUGGGAGGGGCCGUCUCCCAGCAAAAUUUUUUCGGCCCUUGGGGCCGCAGUUUGGUCCCAACAUAAGGGGGGGCAGGCCCCCCGGGCCCCUCCCCCGGAUCCGCCACUGAUUUGUUUGUGGCAGGGGGUUCUUUUUGGAAUGUGGAAAAGAGGGAGAGGCCCCCCGGAGGAGAGGGUGACAAGUCUAGCAUGCAAAAGGAACUCUUAUUGCGGAGACGACGGCAAAGUCUAUUUCUUUUUUAUUAACGGUUCAUUUCAUCACGGUUAACCAAGUCUUUCGUCAGGACAAACGUAAUGUAUGUUCUGGAUUAUGUUACAAUAAGGUGAAACAAUUUUUAAAAUGAAUUAAUGUUUAAAGCUCGGAGAAGAGCUACGGCUAUAACGCGAAAGCUGGUGCGAGAAAGCAAGAAUACCAAUAUCACUUCAGUGCCACAUUCUACAUUCCUACGCUGAAAAUAGACUUCCCGCGCGUGGGUCUAGCUACAAAAAUCUACAUUUUGGGGAGAUGUUUAGUUGGAGAGAUUUUUACAGGUUUUGGUAAAUAUUUUCAAGGUUUUUUGUUAAGUUAGAAAAAAGCUUGAAACCAUCGCCCAGGAUGCUAUUAGGGACUUUAAGAUCCAACGACGCGACGGCGACAAGAACGUCGCUUAAAAAGUGAAUUUGCGUUCUUUCAGUCUUUAUAGCGAUUAUUCCUACCCACUUACUUUGUAAAUUAUAGGCGAACCCUCCUGAAGCUGAAUUUCAAGGGACCAAAUUCAAGCUCAGAAAGAGAAAUAAAAUUUCGUCGUUGCUUGUUUACGUCCUCCAUAAAACGCGAAAUUAGGCAUUUUCACGUCGUGGUCGUGCAAAAACGGGAAAGAAAUUUACAAAAAAAUGUGAUGCACGUGCGAAGUUGUUGUUUUGCUAAUUAAACCAAUUGUUUUUUUGACGUUCUCGUUAUCGUCCGCGUCGUUGGAUCUUAAAGUCCCUAUUGUCUUUUGCGACAUGUACUUACAGUGCGCAGUUUCUCAAUGUGCGGCAUAAUAACUGAAUAAUAACAUAAUAACUAAAUUUGGCGCUCGGAGUGCGCUUAAAGUUCCCGGAUAUGUCGAGUGAUUCUGGGCGAUGCUUGAUACGUCUCAUCGUAAGUAACCCUGAAGCCUUUGUUUGCAAAGUUUUACUUAACAGUAAAGAAAUCAUAUUCAUUCAUUGGAUUCUCACAGGCAGUAUUUUAAUUUUCCUCAAAACGAAAAACAGGUUUGUCUGACAACGACUGGGAAGAAGUGGAGAAGGCCUGGGCUGAGUCAAAUGUUGACAACUUGUUGCAGGAGUCUGGGCAAGAGCAUUGUCAAGCCGAAUCCUGAGUUUAAAUUGCAAAAGUUGAUUUCUAGUUAAAUUGUAAAAUUGUUUAAAAUGUAAACGUUGAUUUCUAGAUAAGACUUUAAUAUAUCAGUUUAAUUAUGAACGUUUUGCUUUAUAGACAUCUGCAUAAGAUUACCGACUGGCACCAUUCAAAAAUGGCAGAAGCAGUUGAAGAUAGAAGUCGAAUAACCUGG